UUAAGUUCCUUUCCCUUGCAUGGUUUAGCAACCAAACUACAGUGUGAGCCGUUGCUUCUAGUUUUUCUUUUCAUUUUCUUCCAUUUUCCUUGCUCAGCACUUUCAUCAAAGUUCUAACCGUCACUUCACUCUCAGCUUUUAUCACUCUCUCCCUCCCUCACUCUCUGUAUCUCUCUUUCUCCCUAACCAAACCCAGAUCAUUAUAAAAGUCAUGGAAUGUGAAGUUGCUAAUAGUAAUAAUAAAAAUCCAUUUCCCUCAACUGCAAUUUCACCACCUCAUUCAUCGCUGCCAAUUUCUGCACCUAUAUCACCACUGAGAAGGCCGAAAGAUGAAUACUUUAGGUGUAGAAAGCUAGGCCACUGGGCCAAUGAAUGCCCAAAUAAAUCCUCAAAGAAAUCAGCUCAAUCAAGUCCUUCUAGCUCUAAUAAGAAAUCCAUCAAGCAUGGUUCUAUUUCUCCAAUGGUUCGAUGUCUUUGUGGCAGAGGCUUUUGUCUCAUUCUCAUUUCCAAGACAGAAAAAAACCCUGGCAGGAUGUUUGAUACUUGCCCUGGCGAUCAAAAACUGGGUAAGUGCGGGUUUUUCAAGUGGUAUGAUCAGUUCAGUUGUAUUACUACUAGAACUCCUAUGUGCCCUUGUGGUGCUGGGAUUUGUAGAGUUAAUAAAUCCAAUGACCCAAAUGGAGAAUUAUGGUAUUUUGCGGCUAAUCUAGCCAGCUGGUACCAAAUCUUAGAACUAUAUAUCAAUUUGAUAUCAAGGUGGUAUCAAAAGUAAAGACAAGAAUAUCAAUUUAGUCUAAAUGUCCAAUUUCCAACAACGGAGUGUGACUUGGCAAGCCGAGGAGGUAUAUUCCGGUUGUUUUGUUCCCUCGGCGUGUGCCAAAUCAAUUAACUUUGUCCUCUCAAUUAACUUUGUCCUCUCAGCUUGGCAUGUCACCCUCCGUUGUCGAAAAUUGGACAUUUAAACUAAAUUGAUAUAUUUUUCUGUACUUUUGGUACCAUUUUAAUUCAAAUUAAAGCCUUGUAUCAAAUUGAUAUACGGUCUUAAGGUUUGGUACCAGCUGGACAAUUUACCAGUAUUUUGCUUGCCGGGUUAAGAAGUAAAUGCUAUUAUGUGCCUGUAAAUCCUUUCUUCAUAUAUUGCAACCGAUAGUAGGAUAUACAGAAAUUUAAAAUCAGUUCAUCCUGCAUCAAAGUUUAGAAGUUUUCAUUGGGUUAUGUAUCUUGUCAUUGUGACAGUUCCUUCUAGUGCUCUUUAGGUGUUUUUCAUGAUCCUAAUGAAAAUUUUGGGACUUUGAUGCAGAACCAAGGAGCUUGUAAGUUUAAGCAGCCUGCAGGUACGAACAAAAUACUAUGAAUCAAAGGGAUGGGCGUGAAAGCAAUGGAUGUUAUUCUCUUUUAUCCAGUUUUGAUGCUGAAAGUAAUGACUUGGACAAGAAAGAAAUGAGUUCUGAGAUAAAUGUAGAGUCACCACUUGCACAAAUUGCUGAAAAAUUCCCCAGAUUUACCAGUUGUUGCUCCACAUUCAGACCAAGAGGACAUUCCCGAUACGGGCAUAGUCAUGCAAGAGGCAGAGUACUUGGAUCCCAUGACAGCAAAGCCACUUCAACCUUUCUAACUAAUGGCUCAAUCACAGUGUCCUUGCGUGAAAGAGUCAUGGAGGGAUAUUUCUGUUGUAGGGAAUACCAUAAGUAAAGAUCUUUGUUUUCUGAUUUUUCUUUUUCUUUUUAUAUUGGUUUGGCAUGCUAUGGGGACAGAGGUUGUGGAUGUGAGGGUGUUUGUUGUUGGUUUUCACUUUAGCAUUUAAUUAUUGUUACUAGCAUUAUCAGCUUACAGAUAUA